UUGUCUUGAAGUUCCUGAGAGCCAAGGACCUUUAGUCAAGACAAAUUGACAACUAGAGUAGUUGUCUUGAAGUUCCUGAGAGCCAAGGACCUUUAGUCAAGACAAAUUGACGACUAGGGUAGUUGUCUUGAAGUUCCUGAGAGCCAAGGAUCUUUAGUCAAGACAAAUUGACAACUGGAGUAGUUGUCUUGAAGUUCCUGAGAGCCAAGGAUCUUUAGUCAAGACACCUUCAGCUCACCAUCUACUAAUUUACAUCAGCACACUUUGUUUAGUAAUCCUUGGUGCCAAGAACAUAGUCAUUCAGGUUUGUUUAGUAAUUCUGUGGUAAAACUUUGCCAUUUCAUGAUUAUUGCUUUUGUUUCAUUUUCAAGCCUUUGUUCUUGGCACAUAAGGAAACAGUUUACUGUAUUCUUUAGUCACAGCAGCUCAUCUUAAAAAACUAGGUUAAAAAUGGAGCAUGAAGUACAGAAUUUGAUGUUGCUCACAUUGCCUGGGAAUCUAAGGGAACAGGCUUCACAGCUCAUCAGUGUGUCCAAGACCAAUGAAGAGGAGCGCCUGCUGAAACACUCCUACAAGUAUGGCCGGUACCAUUCCCACAGAAGAGAGCACCAUGUCAGUGACUCUGAUGAGAAGGUGAAGAGCCAGGCUAAAAAAGCAGCCAUUCCACUAGCCAUCGCGCAGCUGAUAAUGAAGCUGUGGUCACCCAAGAUGCGGAGACAUGCCGAAAAGCUGAUUCUGCAGAAGGGUGUGGAGGAGGGCUACCUGAAGGAGCACCACUUUAAGUGGGUGCAUGUGCUGGAAGACCAGGAGGAGGAAUGUAACCAGGAAGAGUCCUGGUUCAUUGAUAAUAUUGAUGAUACCAUAAUUAAGUUAGUAUGGGACAUAUUUGACAUGAAGACACACUACUCUCAGGUCACUAGCCACCGCUUGUGGAUUUUGAGGAGCUAUCACCGCCUGAAAGAGUUCAUGCCCAGCCUGCAGGAGGAGAUAAUAGACCGACACGACCUGACCAAGUACGCCUUCAGCCAGGCUGUGGGCUACACACUGAAGUGGGUCCACACCUCAUACCAUGAGAUAUGGAAGACUGCUUGUGACUUCCAUCUGUUCAAUGAGCCACAUCACCCUCAGGCCUGGAGCAAAGUACACACUCCUGAGGAGAAACGCACCAAACUCCUGAAGUGGCUGUCUGGUGCCAGUGACUCCCACACGGGCUGCCCCUAUGGACUGGACAUCACCAACCUUGACCUGAGUACUGAAGACUUUGCCGAACCCUUCCUGCUUGAGAGUUAUAUAGACAUGGUUGGUGUAGAAUGGGAGAGGAAGAAGGGCAUGGAUUUAAACAUUUCAACAAGGAAUCUUGCAUUUAUUGAUGACAAGUUCUUGACCAGAUACACCAAGAAACAGCACAGGAUAAUAAGGAAUUUGAUUGAAAAGAUUACUGCUGCUGAUCAAUCUUGGAACAACUUGGACUUAACGGCAGGGGAGAGCUUUUUGCUGAGCACGGUGCCUGCACACAGGAAAGGCAAGUUUGCUUGCCAGCUUGAAAUGCAGAGGAAAAAUGAAAUGAGUAGAAUGGAGUAUAGGGCUCCUGCAGGAAUCUCAAAAGCAGAAGCUGAACUGCAGAAGCAAGAAGCAAUGAAGAAAGCUCAAAUUAAGUCUUUUUACAUAUUAAUUGCCAAGACUGUUACAGAGCUCUGGGAUCCCAGUUUUAGGAAUCGCGUGGAGAACUUAAUUCUCAAAAAGGCUGUCAUGGAAAAGCAAAUCAAAAGUAACUUUAUAGACUGGAUUUUGGUGUUUGAAAACAAGGAUAGCAGUCAGGCUGAAACAUCUUCCAAGGAAGACUCAGAUGAGCUUCCCAUCAAAGAUGAAGACAUUGUCAAGCUGCUAUGGGACGAGUUCAUGCUGAGUGAGCACUUCACUCAGGUGCAGCAGCACCGCCACUGGAUCAGGCAGAGCUACCAGCACCUGGCACACUUCAUGCCAGAGCUGCCAGAGGAGGUGAUAGAGCGCCACGACCUCAGCAAGCUGGCAUUCUCCCAGAGCAUCGGGUACACCCUCAAGUGGGUGCACAAUAUUAACUUGCCUGUGUGGCGCAAAGCUUGUGACCUCCACCUCAACAAUGAGCCCCACCACCCCCAACUGUGGUGUAACAAGAACACAGUGGAGCACAAGCAGAACUGCCUGGAGAAGUGGCUGGGUGACAGGGAGUCAUACGGUGUGGUGGUGUCCGCUCUGGACCUGAAAUCGGAGAACAUGGCGCGGGUGUUCCUGCUGGAGAGCCUCAUUGACAUGGUGGCCGUGGAGUGGGAGAGAAACAAAGGGCAGAAGCCAGACAUGACAUACACGGAGCUCAUAUACAUGGAGGAAAAGUUUCUGUCCCGCUACACGCCGAGCGACAAGACAUUCAUCAUGGAGCGCAUGAGUGUCAUCAGGGAGGCAGACAAUCCUCAACCAGUGUCUUAGAAGGCUUGAUGUGUUGCAAAAAUUAUAUGUACUCUUCCCUUUUUAACUUACUCCUGUUCAUUUGAUUUCCGUCAUAAGUAUUGGUGUAUAUCCGGAUAUCUUGACUCGUAUACAUUUGAUUUCCGUUACAAGUUUUGGUUUGUAAUCUAAUAUCCUGUGUUUUUGCUCUUCUUUUGUAGAUCCUCCUCUCCACUUUAUUGCAAGAUAUUUUAACAUGACUGGAGAUCUUAUGUCAAUCCUUAACCCAAUUCCCUUCCACAUUCAUUUGAGUGUCUUGCACUUUUUUCACCCUUAAUUUACUUCAUCUGUAGAUUUGAAGUAUAUCCUUUUUUCUUGCCUCACUUCACAUCCUUGCCUCUUGUCACCAAUAACUUCACUUAUUUGCAUGUUAUUUUGAAGAGUUCACACCUAUAUUAGUAUUAAUAAUCUUGUAACUGCCAUAGGAUAGCUAGGACCAUUGUACAUAAGUAUAUUAAUCAUUAUAGUAAUCUGAUGCAAUCUUUGGUAAUGUGGUGCAACAUGUGUAAAUGCUGACCUUGCCUUUUCUUUAAACAGGGGUUGCAGGUGCUUCUCUAUUUCAUAAAACUAACUAGUACUUCGUUGCAUUCAUGAUUGACUCAGUUAAAUAAAUCAAUUAAUAUAAUCUCCAUAGGUAGGAUGCAUUUUAUAUAGGUAUCACUACCAGUGAGAAAUAAAUGUAAUGCACGACACAAUACACCCAGUGGACAUUUCCCCUGUCACAUGACCGACGCCCUUGUGUCAGCAUCUUGGAGGCUGGGCGCGGUGGGUGUCGGCGACGGCCGGAGAAAGAAGAUAAAUGCCGACUGGGAAGUGCAGGGUGUGUCAAGUGUGUGUGCGUCUAACCUGUGUGCUGUGGGAACUUAGUGAUUCUGUGAACUCAGUGACAUUACAUUUUCCCGAGUUUAAAACGCGUUUCCGUAUGUACUUGUAUGUGGCGUGUGGACAGCACUUGUAAGUUUGUACAUAAUGUACUAACUUUUAUAUAUAUAUAUCAAAAACCAAAU